GAGAGACUGGCUCCCCCCUCUGAGGAGUUCUGGAAACCUUCAUGACUGACUGUAAAGACGGGGAUCAACUGCCAGGUGCCGGACAGACCAUUAACUGCUGCUGUCCAGUGUUGAGGGUGUUGAGAGAGUCCAGUUCUCCUGUUGCUGUCAUGGGAUUCAGGGCGGUGCUGCUGUCCUUCCUCCUGGUGUCCCUGAGCUGGUCCAGAGGAGCUGUCAUCACAGGGGCCUGUGACAGAGACGUGCAGUGCGGCUUUGGUUUUUGCUGUGCCGUCAGUCUAUGGCUGAGGGGCCUGAGGAUGUGCGUCCCAAGAGGUGUGGAAGGGGAUGAAUGCCACCCCUUUAGCCACAAGGUGCCCUAUCCAGGGAAAAGGCAACAUCACACCUGCCCCUGUUUCCCCCACUUGGUGUGCACGAGCUACGGUGAAAGCAAGUACAGAUGUACUGAGGACUUCAAAAACCUGGACUUUUAACAGACGAUAAGACAUUUGGAUGAAGGAGAGCAAAGCAGAAGCGGCCUUCAGAUUGAAGACCGGCUGUGAAUCAGAAGCACAUAUUUAAUCUUUACUGACUGUAAUCCUCAUUGUGUACUUUAUGCACUAUAAUAAGUAGUUGGAUUAUAUAAACCCACACAUCAAAGACAGAAACUGAAAUGUCAAAGUUUAACGUAUAAAGCCAAAUCAGACAUGGAACAAUUUUAAUUUACAAAAAAGGUAUUUGUUGAAUUGAAAA